AUGACUCCAGAAACCGAACUCCACACAAACAUGAUGAUACUCGACUAUACAUGCUGCAAAGCCACGCACGAACUCCUGCUGCGACGCAUCGCAGAGCUCAGCGAUAGAUCUACCGCAGCGCACAAAGAAAGCAGCGAUAGUUUACUAUCAAUAUUUGACUCCUGCGAAACGCUCAUGAAAGCCAAGCACAACACGCGCGAGGCAUCGUCACUGUCGCGCGAUAUACAGGCGAAACUGCAGCUAAACACAUUCACACGUCUCUUUUUCUACAGAGCGCGUCAAUCCGGACGGAAUAGUCACCACACUACUCCCUCGAAAACCCGGCGAUCGUUCUCAGCUACAGAUUACGCGGCCAUACUCGACAUAUUGAAAAUACCAAGAAUUGACCGACUUGAGGACAGGUCGAGUGUCGUGUCACUAAUAGACCUAUUCCCGGACUUCCUUAGUCUCUGCUCAGCCAUGUCAGCGUCUGGCGCGCUAUCGUCGUCAUUGUCGUCUUCUUCUUCCUCACUCGGUGACCUUUUGGGAAAGUACUUGCUCCAGUCUGCGCUCGAGCAGUACACUCUCUUCAACAGAGAGGCGACCGAGGUCAUGGAGGAAAUGCUAACAAUCAUUGAAGAAGAAGAAGAAGAAGAAGAAGGAGAGUUGACGGCAGUGACAGCACAAUACCUCGAUCUAUUAUCACCGCCACCAACGUCCCGUGGCAGAGGGAAGAAAGAAGUGGUACUAAAAGCUCACUUCAACCAUCUCGCUCAGCAUUUCCCGGCCUUUGAAUUCGAGUGCAUGAUGACCAUGCAGCUUCAGGAUUUCCUCUUCAAAUUGGAGACGCCGAUACUCGUAAAGCUCGAGACUGGGGAAGCGUUGACGAGUUGA